CUCUCUGACAUUGUGCAGCACUCUCCUCUCUGUAUCUCUCCGGAUGAGCAUCUGCUCCUGGUUGCUAUAUAAACCCUGCAGGAUGGGAGCCCCUGAACACUGGAGCUGUGACCUGAGCCUUCUGCUGUCACUCAUAGUCAUAGUGUCUGCUGUCAGUGCAGGGGACCCUUUUGACUCCCAGCUAGGAGACAUCAAUUCCUGCAGCCAACAGUGUCAGCUCACCUUCAAGCUUAAGAGCUCCUCAGAAGAUGAUGUCCUUGGUGCCUGCUACAGAGGAUGCAGACUGUUUUCAAUUUGCCACUUUGUGGAUGUCACUGCUGACCUUAAUACAACUAGAGCUGAAUGCGAGUCAGCGUGUGCUGAAGCCUAUUCUAAAACAGAUGAACAGUACAGUUGUACAACAGGCUGCAGAAAACAACUCACUGAGGUCGAAAGCCAGAAGGAAAAGAUGCUGGAUCUCAGACUUCCCACUACCUUUUCUAUGUUUGACCUGAUCUCUGGCUUCUGCAGUGAUAUUGUGAGUUCAGCUCAGAGCUUCAUCUCAUCUACCUGGACUUUCUACCUGCAGUCUGAUGAUGGGAAGGUUGUGGUAUUCCAGUCACAGCCAGAAGUAGAAUACCCAGUGCUUGAGCUUCAAGCUCCAAGAUCUGAGGUCACUGAUAAGACUUGGCUUUCUUCAAGAUUCAACACCCUGAAACCUCACACAGGUGCACGUGACAAAACUGAGAAGAGUUCAGUUAAGGAGUCUAAAGUGAAGCAUAAGUUACCCCACAUGGAGUCCCCACAGUCAGAACAUGAUUUCCUUGGCUGCAUGUCGAAGCGAUCAGGAUUACCACGUUGGAUUCUGGCUGCAUGUUUGUUCCUGUCCAUAAUGGUGAUGCUCUGGCUCAGCUGUGCCAGCCUUGUAACUGCCCCCGAUCAACAUGUAAAGGCUCAGCCACUGAGCAUAAAUGGAGACAAAGAAUAUCUGGAAGACAUGGAAAAGCCAGAGCCCUUUCCACUGCCUCCUGUGGUAGCUGUUACCAUCUGCCCUACUGAAGAGAGUGAGGAAGCUGGACCACUGCCAGUGAAAGUGGACCUAGAUAAAACCAUAAUCUAAAACAGACUUUUAUAUACCUUUAGUGCUUACGGUGAUUAUAAAACCACAAUGCACUAAAAGGAAUAAUUGUCUCGUUAUACUGGUUUCAUGAACUGUACUCUUUUGCUUCCUUUUGUUGCAAAGCAUCUAGGAUGAUUGAUCUACAGAUAUAGAACCCACCACAAAUGGUCCAAAUCUUGUGGUGUCUGAUGUGGAAAGUAAAAGGUUGCAUUGUUGGUUUCAGUAAUAAUGAUAUUUCUUAUUAAGCUUAAGAGGUUUUCAUGGAUCUAAUUUGCCCAUAAUGUUAUAAAACCAUCUUGUCUGUGUCUUCUGAUGUACGAAGACAAAUCAAUUACAAAGCUGUGCCGUAUGUUAGAUCUUUAAAAUGUUCAUUAUAACAUACAAUACUAUUAAUAAAGAUGUCAGUUACAGCUAAGAGACACGCUCAGGUUGAAUCACAAACACCAUAAACGUCAUGAUAUUUAGCAACCUUAAUUAAACGGUACAUUUGCCUAUGUCUUUGUAUUUCUAUGAAGACACUACUGGUACUGCAUGAAUCUAGUAAUCACUAUUUAUAUGUAUGUUUUUCCUUUUUUACAUGAAGGUAAAGCUGAAAUGCAAAGCAGCUUUCAGAAAGAAAAUGCAUUUUAUAAAAGGGCCCCUUGCCGUAUCAAGUACAUUUUUAAGUACAGUAGAUUGUUACAUGCUUUAUGUAAAGAAGGGUAAUGUCUCCUCUGUUCUUUGAGAUGUGAGAUGUUCUCUAGGCAACUAGCAUUUUAUUACACUUAGAGCUACAGGUAAUUGUUGUUGCAUAUAAUGGUCUAUUUGCUACUGACUGUUGAGUAAUUUUUUAGACUAUGAUAAGAAUGUUUUCUUCUAUUUCCUUGUGUAAGAAUAUCCCCAGGAGUACAGCUGAUUGCAGGGGGUCUGAAUAUAAGCCCCUGACAAUAAAAUAUCACUCUAGUAACUAAUCAUUUUUAAAGUAAGCAUUACACAGGCUGUCUUUGUGAUGCCCAGGUUGUCUGGGUCCUCCAGAGUGAUCUCUGCUGUUUGUAGCAGGUCUUCACUCUAUUACUGUACUUGCAUAUGACUUAAUAGGUCAUGCGAUAAGGUUGCCAAAAAGUAGGCAGCCUCUUCUGUUUCCAUCAAAAUUGUUGAAACUUUAAAACUGAUGUUAUUCUUCAGUUUACAAAAUUUGGGCUGGAUCCUGCA